AUGAAUCUUUAUAUUUUGCUUUUAUUUUUGUCUAUUUGGACAAUUAACUGUUCUGAUACUAACCAAAGCGAUGCAGUGUCUUACACAGGAACUGAAAGCUCCAUGCCAAUGCCGUCAAAAAUGGAUGAUUUCAGGAAACGCUUACUAAUUUUCAUCAUUGGCAUUAUGAUAAUAGCCUUUGUGUUCACGUGUUUUUGUUUUCUUCACUACAAUUGUAUGGUCGAUGAUGCUGUCAGCUCAGACAUGGAAAACAGACCAGGUAUUUCAGCUAUGUCAUCUUAUCAAUCCAAAAUAUUAGCUGAUGAUUUCAAGAUAACAAAUUCAUACAGUCUAGAAAGAUACCUAAUGAUGUCUGCUGGAGAAAUGUUUUCUCCACUUCCAAGUGCAGAAAUACUGUCCCCACCAAACAGUAAUGAAAAGAUAAUCGCAUUCCCAUGUCCAGAAAACAUAUCCAUACCAUGCUGUGCCGAAAUAUUAAACAGACCACCAAGCGACAAAAUAUCAUCCAAGUCAUCGAAAAAAUCCUCCAGGUCACAUCACCUGGAAAAAGCACAUAGGACACAGAGUCUAGAAAACUUACCCAGUAUCCAUAAGGUAGACAGCUCAGUCUAUCCAUAUAAGCCAUUCGAAUUACCUCCUGUAACUAAACCACAUUCAUCAACCCGGUCAAUCAAGUUACCUUGCCUUACUCACUCACGAAAUCAAAUCUUGUCAUGCAAACCAUCCAAAUCAAGGAAAUCAGCUAAGUCACGCAAACGUUUUCAUCCUAAAAAAUCGAGUGUACAAAAUGCAGCCAAGCUAUCACAACCUUUAUUAUCGAAAAGAUGCCAGUGUUUUAAGGAAAGAUGUCUUGUUUGUAACCCUUCUUCAGAAUUAUUGAUAAAUAACAUUUCUGCGGCAAUGAAGAAAAACACACUAAACUUUUAUGUUUCGAGCAAGAGACAGUAUUAUUCUAUAUUCUACCCUGAAGUAGACUCCAACAACGAAUCAUACCAAGAGAUCAUGAGUAACGAUGAUUCCAUGAUGUAUGAUUCAGAUGAUAGUGAUGCAGAAAUAAUAAUUCUGUGCAAUAUAAACCGUGAUGAAGUUUUCCCCAAACGCAGCAGAAAUGUUUAA